AUUUGGACCAUAGGAAGCAAAGGGUAUAUAAGACGCCACACAAGGAGGAUCGUGGUUAGUCCUCGGCCGGCUCUCGUGUUCAGGACAAGCUGAUCGAUCGACCACAUCGGGGCAUUGCAUUUUUGAACUUAAAACUUCAACUCAAGAGAUGGAGCACAUAAACAGCCAAACGUGUUUGAUCACCUGGCUGUUGAAGACUGAUCUGGUUGGAGAAAUGGCCUCAGAGAACAUGAAGAUUGCUGCCCUGGGUCGACCUUUCACCCUGGGAAUGCUGUACGAUGCUCGGAAAGAUAAACUGAUCGCAGGUUUGACACUGUGGGAUGGUAAAACUCUCCAAGAAAACACACUCGAAAGCUCUCAGCACAGCAGUGCAUUUCAAAUUUCUGCAUCUGACUCCAUUGAAUCCAAGUCUUCUCUGCUGGAUGUUGAAGCUUCUCUGAAGGCCAGCUUCCUGGGUGGACUGAUUGAAGUUGGAGGAUCUGCCAAGUAUCUGAAUGAUACGAAGAAAUUCAAGAAUCAGAGCAGAGUGACAUGUCAGUACAAAGCUACAACCAACUUUAAACAGCUGUCAAUUACUCACCUUCUAACCAUGGACACAGAACAGGCAGAUCUUAUUAAGAAAGGUUUUGCAACACAUGUAGUCACAGGCAUCCUUUAUGGGGCAAAAGCUUUCUUUGUGUUUGACAGUGAGAAGUUAGAAGCCAGCAACGUUCAAGAUAUCCAGGGCCACAUGGAAGCUGUGGUAAAGAAGAUCCCCUCUCUUGAUAUCGAGGGGAAACUUGACAUCAAGCUGACUGAUGAGGAAAAAAACACAACUGAGAAAUUCUCCUGUAAAUUCUAUGGAGACUUCAUUCUUGAAAGCAACCCUGCAACAUUUGUAGACGCAGUGAAGACCUAUGUCGAACUUCCAAAGCUUCUGGGAGAAAAUGGAGAGAACAGUGUUCCAUUGAUGGUCUGGCUGAUGCCACUGAAGAAUUUAGAUUCAGGAGCUGCUGAGCUGAUGAGUGGGAUCAGCGUUGGACUAGUGAGGAAGGCACAAGAUGCUCUAGAAGAUUUAAAGGAAAUAGAAAUGAGAUGCAAUGAUUCUUUGGAUGACAGAGUAGUAGAGGAUUUUCCACAGAUUCACAAAGAUCUAAGCAGUUUCAAAAAAAACUGUAAUUAUUACACAUCUUACCUCGAGCAGAUCAUGGGGAAGAAAUUUCCCCUCAUCCGUAAAGGUAAAGAAGAUGAGAGUUCAGUAGAACAAGUCUUUGAAGACAGACACGGGUCACCAUUCAGUCAUGACAAACUCAGCGAGUGGCUGGAUCAUAAAGAGAGAGAAAUCAACAUCAUCAGGUUCUGUGUAGGAAUGAUGGAGGGAGCAGAGAUCGUCCAUAGUCAGUCAGAGUUGGACAGAGAGGUUCUUGCUGCAGGUGUAGAACAUGCUGUGUGCUUCGUUUUCACCUCCCUGGAGAGUGCUGACCCCUGCUUUGAUGAGAUGAACAACUACGUGGAUACUCUUAUGUUAGGAAGUACCACUGAAGUCCCAUGGUACUACUCAGAUGAAGUUUUAACCAAAAUGAGAGAAAAAGCAGAAGAGGUCCACAAUCUUGCCAAAGCACUGAAGAACUUCCCCCAAGUCCGUUUCUUCAUAGCCUCGAUUGCAAAUGAGAAGUACACAGGAGCAACUAUCUACCAUUACAAGGACGGUUAUCGGGUCACUGAUGAUUUCACAAAGCCUGAGAUCCCUCCUGUGGAGGAGAUCACAGACAGGACAGAUCUGAUGUGGUAUGCCUGUGACCUCACCCUGGACCCAGACACUGCAAACAGGCGCCUCACUCUGUCUGAGGGAAACAAAAAGGCAACAUGGGGAUCAUGGCAGUACUAUCCUGAUCAUCCAGAGCGGUUUGAUGAACAAUAUCAGGUGUUGUGCAGUGAGGGGCUAACUGGGCGUCAUUACUGGGAGGUAGAGUGGAGCAUUAGCUUCUUAGUAAAACUUGUCAUAGGUGCUGCAUACAAAUCAAUUCAAAGAAAAGGAGACAGUUCACAGAGCAGACUUGGUGAUAAUGCCAUAUCAUGGGCUUUGCUCCAAUAUCCUUUAUUCAUGUUUCUAAAGCACACAGUUGAGAUAUGGCAUAAUGGGAAGUUGAAGGAAAUUCCUUUUCCCUCUGGCUGCAGCAGAGUUGGGGUGUAUCUGGACUGGCCUGCUGGCACUCUGUCCUUUUACAGAGUCUGUUCUAACACACUGAGUCACCUGCACACCUUCCACACCACAUUCACUGAGCCUCUUCACCCAGGCUUCUUUGUUGUUGGGCCCAGUUAUGCAUACCUGUGUCCAUUUGAAUAAGAGCAAUGACAAAAGAUUCUUGGUCUGUGCCCAGAGAUAAAAAUCAUUCCCAGUUAAUCAAACGGGUCAAAUAAAGUCCUGAUUGUUGUGUUGUACAUAGUUAAUAAUCAAUAACCAAAAAUAUACAUCAUUACUUUGAUAUGUGUGAUUUUAUUUUGGCGGGUUUCCACCCAGUUUCCUCUGUAAAUCCAAAAAUGAAAAAGGGUUUAGAAUCUUCUGGAAGCUGUCAGAUUGUUUCGAUCGUUCAAGUCUGGACAGAAAGACCAAAACCAAAAGAAAGGAAAGGAGGACUCCUCCGUCAGCAAUGUUUGUUUGUAUGUUUCUAUUUUUCUUCAUUUAUAUUUAUUCAUCAUUUUAUACUUUGAUAUAUAUUCUCUAUAUGCAUGUUUGACUUACUCCUAUCACACUCUUAAUUUGUUUCAUUUGAUUUUUCAUUUGUUUUAUUUUGAUGAUCACAAUUAAAAAUCAGAAUCAUUGUUGUUACCCAAAGAUUUCUUAUUGUUUCUUUUUAUGUAUCAUUUAAUCAGCUCAUCAUUAUUAUAAUUAUCAUUAUAGUUUCUUUUAUGGGUGAGGCGGCUCUGUUUGGAAAGGUGUGACAGAUGAUGAGUCAGCAGGACUCACAGCCCCUAACCCCGCGUGGAGUUACAGAGUCUGCAUGUGUGAACUUCAGCAGGAGGAUAAAACAAACGCCUCCUGACAGCUCGUGGUUGAUGUUUGGCUGUUAGACUGUUUGCAAAAUUAUUGUCAUUAUUAUUCUAUGGAUGCGAUGGCCCUGCUGCACUUCUGUAAAUACUUGAUGUCAGAUCAUGAAAAGUAAAAGAGGUUACAAUAAGAGUUCAGUCACAUGGAGGCGCUGAACAGAACCAAAUCAGUACUUUAAUUUUUCUAUUUUCAUUUCCUCUUUGUUCUGAUUUUACAAAAUAAAAAUGAUAUAAACAUA